ACGACAUCGCGCCGCGCAUCUCCUUUUUCUGGGGCAUCUCGAUGAACUUUUACAUGGAGGUUGCCAAGCUGCGGGCGGCGCGGCGGCUGUGGGCGGAGCUGAUGAAGCAGCACUUCGACCCCAAGAAGGAGAAGUCACUCCUGCUGCGCACGCACUGCCAGACGAGCGGCUGGUCGCUCACUGCGCAGGAGCCGUACAACAACGUGAUCCGCACCACGGUCGAGGCGAUGGCCGCGGUGAUGGGCGGCACGCAGUCGCUGCACACAAACUCGUUUGACGAGGCCAUCGGACUGCCGACCGACUUCUCCGCCUCGCUCGCGCGCAACACGCAGCUCAUCCUCGCCGAGGAGACGGGCAUUCCCCACGUGGUCGACCCUUGGGGCGGCUCCUACAUGAUGGAGGCGCUCACCGACAGGCUCGUCGAGGAGGCGCGCGCCAUCAUCGAGGAGGUGGAGGCGCUCGGCGGCAUGGCCAAGGCGGUCGCCUCCGGCAUGCCAAAGCAGCGGAUCGAGGUUUGCGCCACCCGCAAGCAGGCGCGCAUCGACUCUGGCGACGACGUCAUCGUCGGCAUCAACAAGUACGCGCCGGCGGCCGGCCGCGAGCAGCCCGUCGUCGAGCCGCGCGUCAUCGACAACCUCGACGUGCGCGCGGCGCAGGAGGCGAAGCUGAAGCGGCUGCGCGCCGAGCGCGACGAGGCCACGCUGCAAAAGGCGCUCGCGGCGCUCUCCGCCGCCGCCGCGACGUACGACGGCAACCUCCUCGCGCUGGCAAUCGACGCGGCGCGGGCGCGCGCGACGGUGGGCGAGAUCUCGGACGCGCUCGAGCGGCAGUGGGGGCGGUACACGCCCUCGCACACCGUCGGCUCGGGCGCCUAUCUCGGCGACUUCCGCAGCGACGGCGGCGAGAUCGAGGCGACCGUGGCGAUGGCGGAGGAGUUUGCGGCGCGGCACGGGCGUCGCCCACGCAUCCUGGUGGCAAAGAUGGGGCAGGACGGGCACGACCGCGGCGCCAACGUCAUCGCCUCCGCCUUUGCCGACCUGGGCUUCGACGUCGACGUCGGCCCGCUCUUUGCGACGCCCGCCGAGGUUGCGCUGCAGGCGGUCGACGCAGACGUGCACGUGGUCGGCGUCUCGUCGCAGGCGGCGGGCCACCGCACGCUCCUGCCGGCGCUCAUCAAGGAGCUGUCGGCGCAGGGCUGCGAGGCGAUGGUGGUGGCCGGCGGCGUCAUCCCGCAGCAGGACUACGGCCUGCUGCACGAGGCGGGAGUGAAGAGCGUCUUCGGGCCGGGCACGCGCAUCCCCGCGGCGGCGCGCACCAUCAUCGGCGACCUGGAGGCGGCGCUCAGCGAGGGCGACGCCCAGGCUGCUUCGGGCUAGCAGGCGAGCCCGCAGGAGAGGCGCGCGCAGAGAGCCGGAGGCGGCGCUCUGUCGCGCGCGCGUCGUGAAGUGUGCGUGUCGAAGUGUGUCAGUCAGUGCGCAGUGGCGCCGCCUAGCGGUCAUGUGACGUGAGUUUAUCGCCCUCUGUUAUUAUUGCAGUACGGUACAGUGUAAG